UGUUGUCAUUUCUGCACUACAGAAGAAGCGGUGAGCAAGAUAAGGGAUACUGCUGGAUACACCACACAAAAACAAAGUCUUUCCUCAGAUUAAUCUAUGACCUUCAAAGUGAUCACAACGUUCAGAAUCAUGCUUAGCUGGUCCUUUGCUUUGCUGCUUCCCUGGCUGGUGCAGUCUCGCCCGCUCAAUCAGGAUCUCCUGCCUAUCGACUGUGAAGACGUCUUCUUCAACGGAUCGAUUCACAAUGGCGUCUACACCAUCUACCCAGUAGGAAAGGACUCACCCAUGGAGGUGUUCUGUGACAUGGGCUGCCGUGAAGAUGAAAGCCAUGAAAGGGGCCAGUGGACGGUGAUCCAGAGGAGAAUAGAUGGUAACGUGAACUUCGAAAGGAACUGGAAUGACUACAAGAGGGGCUUUGGAGUCAAGUAUGGAGAGUACUGGCUAGGUCUCCAGAACAUUUUUCUGCUCACACAUGGGAUGAAGUAUGAGCUGAGGGUGGACAUGGAGGACUGGGAGGGGGGGACUGUCUAUGCUCUCUACCGCUCUUUCUUUCUAGAACCAGAGUCAGAUGGGUACAGACUACAAGUAUUUGACUUCAUUGAUGGUGGCGCAGGUGAUUCCUUAACCUACCAUAAUGGACAGAAGUUCUCCACUUUUGAUAGAGACCAGGAUAACUGGUCUGGCAACUGCGUAGCGACUCACAAGGGAGGGUUUUGGUAUAACGCUUGCAUUAACACCAGUCCCAAUGGUGACUACAAAUUUCGGAACUACCAGAUCGGGUCUGGUGGAAUAUCUUGGAAAGGAUGGAAGGGGGUUAAUUAUUCACAGAGGAAAUUCUCCAUGAAGGUCAGGAGGUUGUCCUUGCCUGAGUCAGAAGACUAGUUACAGUUGUCUCCGGUUUUGGUCAUGACUCAAAAACACUGUGAUAAGUAUGAUAAUUCAUCAUUAUUAUAUCACAUAAUAAUAUAUAAUUUGAAAUCAGAUCAUCAAUCACUGUUACUGUACAUGGAAUUACAAUGUUAUAAAUUGAUCAUACUUAUGUUAGAAGAUGUAUUAAGGACAAAACUACUCGGAAAAGUUUAUUAAAAGUACACUAAUUUGAAUAAAUGUCAAAGUGUUUCCACUUUUAUUAUAGAUACUGAUAUUUUUUAUUUUUUAAUUUUCUUUAUUGCAUGUUCUGCCUUUGAGUUCUGAUUGAAGCCUCAUUGUAUGCGUACUGUAAAUCACUUGGAGUGUAAUUUGGAGAUUCCUUUCACUGAUUAACCUUGAAAGAUAGUUCCGGAGUUACAGUAGAACAACCUAGGGUCUUUUUACAGAGAGGAGAGGAAAACCAUUUCAAACUGUCAUUUGAGCGCAAAAUUAUUUUAAUUGGUGGAGUUUUGGACAAGACUGUUUUCUGCAUUAGCAAAACGAAUUGGCUUAGAGUGAAAGUUGUGUGUCUAGUUUUGUGCUUUAGACUGAAAAAAAUAAAAAAUACAGUAUGUGCAUUGUGUUAUGGCCACAGGUCAUGGGUUACCCCCCACGAAGGCUUGAGAUUAAUUUUACACAAAAAUGGGAGUUAAUAAAUAAAUAAGUUUAGUAAAAAUUCAAGAUAUGACAACAAAACUAAAGAAAACUACAAAACAAAAGUAUGAACAACAAAAUAUAGCCACUGUUCAGUCCUACACAUUCUCUCCGCGGGAAAUCAAAUUUGUGUGUGCGUGUGCUGGUGUAUGUCUGUGCAUGUGUGUGUGUGUAUUUGUGUGUGUGUGUGUGUGUGUGUGUGUGUGUGUGUGAGUGAGUGUGUGCAUGUGUGCCUGCCUGCCUGCCUGCCUGCGUGCGUCAAGUGAGUCUAUCAGGCCAUGUGUGCUGUAAUGGUUUCUAUGCAAAGUGCCUCUCAUAAUGCUAUGCUGUACUGCAUUUUGUCUUUAAACUGAAGGACUAAAGGAUUUCAUAUUGAUGUUUAUAGUAGUGUAACCUACUGUAUGUCAAUGCCAUUUAUGAACUGUAAUGCUAAUGUACUUCAGUAAUAAAUAGUAACCACC